CAACUAUCAUGACCCAGUUACCGCCAGUGUCUCAACUUUUUGUUGACCUCAAACACACCAGCCCAAGCCCCCCCCGCUCCAACGUGUCUCCAAGGACUAGAAGCGACAUCACGGCAGCAGUGACCUCUGCUUCCACAUACACUGAACCAAGGCUCCCAAAAUUACCAUCCCUUUCCACUUCCAGAAGAUAUACCGAGCCCGUGGUGACGCACUCCAGCGCUGUUCCUAUCUACGAUACCCAAUCCCGGGACUACUUUUCGCUCACACCCACCCAGGCUAGCUUCGGCGGCCGUCUCGUGUCACCACCUAUAUCUGAAGUCGGUUUAAACGUUCCCAGAGCCGGUAGCUUUCAAGCGCCGACACGCUCCCCGCUCGACCAUACUCAUUUCCACAACCAGCCCGUUCAUCACGUAAACAACGCGGUGUAUGUGCCUGUGAUCACAUAUGUCCGGUCAGACAACUACCACGAAGAAAGACCAUAUAAUCAUCCAGUUUUUAUUCACAAUCCUCAAUAUGUACAGAGAGAAAGUGAGACCCGGUAUAUGCCGAACAUGUCCCAGGCUCCGUACCAACAAUACCCCAACCAGUAUAUGCAUAUAAACUCGGAAAUGGGCCCUCGUCCAAGAAACGAGCCGUUGUCGGCCGUUCCACCUCACCAACCGUUCAAACGUGAGAUAAAAAGACGGACGCGAUCCGGUUGCUUAACGUGCCGCAAGAGACGGAUCAAAUGCGACGAGCGCAAGCCGUUCUGCUUGAACUGUGAAAAGUCCAAGAAGUGUUGCUCCGGGUUCAAAAACUUGAAUGUGGGAAAUAAACCAUCAAAAAAGGACACUAGCUCUAGCCCGAGUUCUUCUUCUCCGUCCGGAGAUGAGGCCUGAUCCUUCCGAUGUUCCAGAAUCCCUUCACUUCGCUUCUUGCUUUUACGUCCCUUACCCCACAAUUUUAACCUCCCUUUCUUGGAACCACCUUAUAUGCUUAAUGAUGAUUUACGAAUUUGAUAAAUGUAGCACUGCAGUUCAC